AUGCCACCUCGCCGUCGAGAACGAAAUGUGUCAGAUUUGAAUGCAACCAAUAACGAGAGGGAAGCAAAUACGAGUUCUUCCGAAGUACUACGAGCAGCAGCGCAUCAACUUAUAGACGAUCUCGCACAGAAUCCUUCGGGUCGUCAACCUUUUAAAUUAAUUGGAGAAGCGAAGAGAUGGUGGAACUCUGAGAAAGCCAUCAGAGAAGCUGAUGGAACUGGAGUAGUAAGCUGGCCUCACUUUAAGCAAAACUUUUUCGACCGUUUCUUUCCGAGGGCAGACCGGGAAGCUAGAGCCCGAGAGUUUGCUAACUUGGUGCAAGGGAUCAUGACGGUACGCCAGUAUGCUGCAAAAUUUGCAGAGUUAUCACGUUUCGCCCCAUAUUUGAUCCCAGAUGAAGAGAAGAAGGCCAGGAAGUUUGAAGAAGGCCUGAAUUUCCAAAUAUAUGAACGGGUAACGGUCUUGCAAAUUCAGAGUUUUUCGGAGUUAGUGCACAAGGCAAUUCUAGUAGAACAAAAUAUUAAGAGAGGUGUGGAAUUGCAAGAAACAAGAAAGAGAACUACUCCACAAGGAUCCUCGGGUAUGGAUCAAGGGUCAUGGAAGAAGAGAAAUGAAGGGAGCAACUCAGGUCAAAAGCGAAUGCAAGGGUUUCAAUCGAAUAACCUCUGCAAUUUUUGUAAUAAUGCACACACGGGAGAGUGCAGAAAAGAAAUGAGGACGUGUUUUCGAUGUGGAAAGUCCGGACAUUUUAUCAAGGAUUGUCCUUUGCUUCUGUCGGAUAACAGGAAGCCUAACCCACCUCCAGUUUCCCAACAGACAAGUCAAGGAAAUAAUCAACGUAGAAUGGGACCAGCCCGAGUGUUUGCUUUAACAUCUGAAGAUGCGGAAGACGACAACAAUGCAAACACAGGUACCUCAAUCUUUUUCUCCUUGAAAGCUUUAUGUCUUAGCUGA